AAAGUAUACGUAUGCGUGUGUUCCCCUCCCUCCCCCGCAUAUUUAUACACACUCUUGAAUAUGUUGGUCAGAAGAAGUGUAAGUGUUCGAGUGAGAACCGUUUGAAAGAAGAAACUAGCGGUGGAGCAAGGAAUGAUUUUUACUUUCUUUCGCACGCCAAUUUUAUCUGUCUGUCUAUCUAGCAGUUUAUCUAUCGAUUAAUUGAUCCACCUAUCUAUGUAUCUAUUUAUCUCUUUCGUUCUUUACAUCAAAUAAGCAAAGUAAUUAUUGAAACUAAUAUAUACAUACCAAAAAAAAAAAAAAGUAUCACGAAAAAAAAGACAACUAAAAAAAAUUUAAUAUCUCUUUCAUAUAUAUAUAUACACGCACAGAUGCGCGCACAUACACAAACCCCACAGGUAGCUAUAUCUACGUACAUAAAUGAUAUACAUGUAUGCUGUGCCCGAUUAAGGAAUACGCAUUGAAAUUAAAGGAUAUAUUUACUACACAACAUCGAAAAUACCACUACCUCUAUCACGACUAUCAUCAGCAAUAACAACGGCAACAUCAUUAUUAUCACCAGGAACAUAUAAAUACUACACACUUUUGUGAAUGUAUGUGAGUAAAGAAGGAAAGAAAAGUGAGGAGAGAAAUUGUGGGGGAGAGAAAAGCAAAGUUACAGAGCCAAAGAGCUGAGAAGCUGUCUUAUAUAGAUUAAGCAAUAUUAUACAUACACACAUAUAUAUCAAUAUAUACACAAUAUAUAAGAUUGACAAUAACAAGACGAACACAACAAAAGAGCCUGGAAUUUUAGCAGCUUGCGAAAAAUGGCAGCCACUUUUCGAAUGACUGUUGGAAUGCGUAAGAGGCAUAAAGAUGUGCCCGUGUUCUUCAAACAGGAUGGUAAACGUUUUCCUCUCUCCAAGACUGUGAAACUCAACGUCAACACACCUUACAAUGUGAUUAUUGCCCUGGAACCGCCAAGACUAUUGGAACGUGUCAUAAUACAUGGUGAUCCUUUGACUCCUAAACUACUGGAAGGAAAUAGUUCCAAAAGUGUAUUUCUGCAGGAAUGGUCCAGUGAAUCAGCUGACUUCAGUCCCUCUGGGAAACGGACAGAUAUCACAUUUAUAAUUGAAUUCCAGGAAUCAAUAACAAUGAAAACCACACUUCAAUGCAAAUUCUACAAGCAGAAAGAAAAAGACCACUGUCUGUGGGGUACUCGGUUGAAUGGAAUUGAAUAUUUGUGUAGAAUUCCAGAAGGCAGUACCUAUGCAGAAAUUAUGGAAGAGCAAUAUUUAUAAAAUCUUUUAUUUAUUUUUUUUUUGUUUUUUUAAUAAUUUUCUUUAAUUAUUGAGGGUGAUUGGAACUGAAAGUGUGUUUUGUUUUGUUUUUUUUUUUCAACCAACCUAAGCAGCCGCGACACCCCCGCGCCUCCACAGCCAGAUUUUUUAACUUAUAUAUAUUUUUUUUUAAAUAUACUUUUUGAUAUUUUCA